AUGAGUGAGGAGGAGGAGGAGGAAGACGAUGAGGAAGAUUCCGAGGAUAUUUAUCCUCCAGCACGGACAAUCGAAGACUUACGCCAGUUAUAUGAGGAUAUGCGCCAACAGAAAGGGUCCAAACGAGAUGUCGUCAGCCGAAUCUUGGAGGGGGAUUGGCGUCACGGGUUGACAUUAUAUCAACUUGCAAUGGCAGAUUUCGCCUACCUUGAUGAGCAUCCUACGUCGCAAAAAUGGAAUGCCUACCAGAUAUUGCCGCUUCAAAAACCCAGCCACACCGAGGAUGAGCAGCUUCUCAAGGUGGACAAAGAGAGCUUACAGGCACCUCGAUUUCACCCUUCAACUUUCCUACAGAACCUCCAGGAUCAAGUACUACCGGACGUCAAGGCACACUACCAUUUUCAUCGGCUUCAGGAGUUUCCCUUACUACUACUGAGGAUAUUCGUCAUUGAUUCGCCAUAUAACAGUGCCUUGGCUCUCUCAAGUCUAGAUCAAUCAGGGACCGUUACCAAUUUCGAUGCAUCUCGCACGAUUUAUCUAGCUUUCCCGGAUGGAUCACCGUCGCUAUAUACUACCAAAUCUCAAGGGACAGGCUCAGCUGGUACGGGGGAAUCGAAGAGCCUGCAGAACCUCAUCAUCGACGGGGUACCAAAAGCCCUUUCCCGUCCAAUGGAGCGGUACACGGUGAAAUCAACCAGUAUAACGACUCGUAACCUAGCUGCAUUGCUGGACAUGAAGGGCCCGGGGCGUGGAAAUGCUGCAGGUGGAGGCUGGUCAAUAUAUUCCGAUGAGAAGAAAAAGCAGUCACCUUUGGACGCCAUUUUACCGACACCACCAGGGUCAAGAGAACAGUCCGCGUCGACCUCUAGUCGGAAAAGGGGCGCCCCGCUUACUCAAUCCCAGAGGGACCGAAAACGAGCGAGGGCUGCAGCCCAGUCUAGAUUUGGCGACUCGGCUUCUAUAUCAGAUGGAAAGGGCAUUGAGCGAUUCGAGGUCGUUCUACAAGAUCCAUUUCCUACCACCUCCCGCAACCGACCUGCCCUGGAAACAAAUCUGGAAGAAGUUUCGGAAGAUGGUGAAGCUCAGAGCCGACCAAACCAUCGGCGAAGCAAGGUAGAAUCUGUUUUGCAACAAGCAGUCCAAGAUAUUGAUGACGUGGACGACGUGAAUGAAGUGGACACAAGCCCUUCGAAUUGGACACCAAUACUAAAGGUCACAUUUAGUGGACCUCAUGUUUUCGCAGGGAUUCGACAACUCGUCGAGGCUGGAAUCGUUGACGGCAAACGAAUGCCGGGGUGGAUGACCGGAGAGGAAACGGUGACCAAAGGCGCCGUGCAUCGGGGUCGAAUAAGAGGCCAAAAAGGCUCAGGAUUAUGA